UGGAAAAAAAGCACUUUGGGGACAAUGGAUAUUUGGGCAAAUAAUUCUCUGAGAUGCAAAUGCCAAAGGCUCCAGUUACCCUACUUCAGACACAUGUAAGACCCAGAACUUUGGAAAAAAGCUCUAAGAUGGAAAAAAAGCAGAGUGGACCAGCAUUAUGGUGCCAAUGAGGGAUCCAGUGGGAAACUAAAGAAUCAGUGAGGGAUCGUGGAGAAAAUUAUGUGGUCACUAGGAGUCAAAAAUGAUUUGGUGGCACAUAAUUUGUGCCUUGAGUGAGAAGUCUGGUUUGAUUUGUUCGAUGAUCCAUUGAUUUGUUUACUUGGCUGCCCAUAUGCCCAUAGAAUAUUGUCCAACACAAAUGGGUCAAAAGCUUCACUACUCUUCUUAUGUUGCUUCUUCAGCAUUCAAAAUCAGAAGCUGGAGGAGCUUAUUUAGCCAGGAGCUACAAAGUUCUAUACAAACUUAAGGCUUAGAGUUAGUUUGAUCUUUUUUCCCCUUCUAACCUAUUUUUUUUCUACAUCUAAAACCCUUCAUAGUGGGUUUUAAUGAACCCUCAGCCUUCCAGUUGUUCUCCACAUUACCUUCAUACUCUUCCCAUUCUUGAUUUAACUGGUGACUUAUCAGUGCUACGUAAGCAUUGGCAUUUUCCAUCCUAGAAAAUACCAGUAAUUAUACUAUUGUCCCUCUCAUUUAGUCAACAUGUUGUCUGUAAGGAUGUAGAUAUUUGUUGUGUAAGGAAAAAGUGUGACGGCUUUAAAAAAACAAACUUUGUUAUAUCUAUAUCUUUUGACACCCCAUAGGGUUCAAAAAGGAUUAUGAUCUUGGCUUAUCAGAGGACAAACCUACUGAGGCUUUAAAACAGCCUGACCUGUUUAUCAAACACUAGUACAUAUAUGGUGGGGGAAGAAGAAAAUGAGUUUAGUCUUUUUCAGCUUGCUUUUAACUUUCUAAGUAGGGAAAAGUCCCUAAAUAGGAAAACAACAGUAUAAAACAAGGAUGGAAAUAUGUGGCACUUCGAAGAGUUUUGGGCCAAAAAAUUCCAUAUUCCAUAUCCGUGAUCAACAUCCAAUGAUACAUUCAUUCUUUUAUGUGUUCUAUCCGGUUAUUGUAUGAUUCAGACUAUGAAGAUUAACCAAAACACUGUACUGCAGGGGAAGAGGGUAGCCCUUGUACCAUAUAUGUCUGCUCAUGUACCCAGAUACCAUGAGUGGAUGAAGUCUGAAGAACUACAGCGUCUGACUGCAUCUGAACCCCUAAGCCUUGAACAGGAAUAUGAGAUGCAGUGCAGCUGGCGGGAAGAUGCAGACAAAUGCACAUUUAUAAUACUUGAUGCUGAAAAGUGGUCUAGCCAGAAAGCCACAGAAGAAGACUGUAUGGUGGGAGAUGUGAACUUGUUCCUUACCAAUUCUGAAGAUCCAACAGUGGGAGAGAUAGAAAUCAUGAUUGCAG